AUGGCCACCGGGUCGGUACCAGAACUCGACCAACUACAAGGCUACAAACACGCCGUGGCCGGACACGCCGGGACCUUGUGCGACGGAGAUGGCAAGCUCUUCAUCAAACCCUGUAUGCAAAAGGAAAUCGACUUUUACCAGCACGUUCAGCGAGAAGCCUCCGACCCGGACGAGUCCAAAGAAAAGUACCGCGACCUGUCCGACAUCCUGCCCGUCUUCAUGGGCACGCUGAUGCUCACGGACCCGACGGACCAGCGCAUCAGUGACGCGGUGACGGGCGUCGUUUCCAACAGCGGGACGGUGAUGACGGACAAGGAGCAGAUCAGCACGGCGCUGUCAGAACAGGUGGCCAAGGUAGCCGAGGCGGCGGCGGCGGCGGCGCAGCAGCAGAACAAGAAGGGCAGCGGCCAAGGAGGAGGAGAGAAGACGGAGCUGGCAGGGGCGGGGGCAGCUGAGCAGGAAUGGAUCCCUACCAACGGUGGCCCUAUCAAGACGGACAGGGCCAUUGUGCUGGGCAACGCGUCAUACGGCUUCAAGAAGCCGAAUGUGCUGGAUGUGAAGCUGGGGGUGCGUCUCUAUGCUGACGACGCCCCGGUCAAGAAGAAGGUCAAGAUGGAGAAGCUAAGCUCGGAGACGACGCACCGCAGCCACGGCUUCCGCGUCUCGGGCAUGAAGGUCUUCCGCGGCUCGGCGGACCCCGCGCAACUCGAUGACGAGGGCUUCCAGGUCUACGAUAAGGACUUUGGCCGGUUGACCGUCACCGAGGACAACGUGGCCGCCGAGAUCAGCAAGUUCGUCUUCAACCGCGAAGCCGGCAUCGACCGUCACCUGGGACGCGCCGUGUGUCGUGCGCUGGCGACAGAGGUUGCCCGCGUCGAGAACGUCAUCCGGCAGCACGAGUUCACAAUGUACUCGGCCUCGCUGCUCAUCAUGUUCGAGGGUGACGGCAAGGCUCUCGAGAAGGCGAUCCAGUACAACAACGAGACCGUCGACGCUAUCGAGGAUGCCGUGGCCGCCGCUAAGCGCGUCGACAGUGGCAUCGUGCUCGACGACGAGGGCGACUUUGUCACGGCCGCCGACAGCGACGACGAUGACGAGGCCAAACCGCCUCGCGUCUACACCGUCAAGCUGAUCGACUUUGCCCACGUCGACUGGACGCCGGGGAAGGGACCUGAUCAGAACCUGCUCAAGGGAGUGAGCAGUAUAAGAAAAGUUUUUGAGGAGUUGGCGAGCCGCGGGAAUUGA